CGGACGAGUGGAUGCGGACUGCAGGGACAAAUUCGAGCCAAUGACGCGAGCCAAACGUCGACUAUACUGGUUAGAGCAGACUGGUUAGAGCGUCAGCCUCACAGUUCUGAGGACCCGGGUUCAAUCCCCGGCCCCGCCUGUGUGGAGUUUGCAUGUUCUCCCCGUGCCUGCGUGGGUUUUCUCCGGGCACUCCGGUUUCCUCCCACAUCCCAAAAACAUGCAUGAAUUGGAGACUCUAAAUUACCCGUAGGCAUGACUGUGAGUGCGAAUGGUUGUUUGUUUCUAUGUGCCCUGCGAUUGGCUGGCAACCAGUUCAGGGUGUACCCCGCCUCCUGCCCGAUGACAGCUGGGAUAGGCUCCAGCACGCUCGCGACCCUCGUGAGGAGAAGCGGCUCAGAAAAUGGAUGGAUGGAUGGCUGGUAUCACGACGAUGACUCUUUCCUUUCAGUGUGGUACAACGGCGCUGAUGGUUGCGUCCUACGGCGGCCACGGAGACUCCGUCAAAGAGCUCGUCAUGCAGGGAGCCGACAUCAACUACCAGCGAGAGACAGGUUCUACCGCUCUGUUCCUGGCUUCCCAGCAAGGUCACAAUGACAUCGUCAAGCUCCUUUUUGAAUUUGGCGCCUCCACGGAAUUCCACACGAAGGAAGGAGGCACCGCGCUGACCGCAGCGUGCCAGCACGGACACGCCAACGUGGCGGAGACGCUGCUGAAGAACGGCGCCGACGUCCACGACCAGCUGAACGACGGGGCCACGCCUCUUUUCCUGGCAGCUCAGGGCGGUCACGUGACCGUUAUCCGUCAGCUGCUGGCGUCCGGCGCCAAGGUGAACCAGCCAAGAGAGGAUGGUACUGCCCCCCUGUGGAUGGCAGCGCAGAUGGGGCACAGCGACGCGGUCCGAGUGCUCCUCUUGCGUGGUGCAGAUCGCGAUGCCUACAGAGAAGACGGCUCCACGGCGUUAUUUAAAGCGGCCAUGAAGGGACACAGCAGCGUCAUCGAGGAGCUCCUCAAGUUUUCUCCUUCACUCGGCCUCCUCAAGAAUGGCUCCACGGCCCUCCACGCUGCCGUCGUGGCCGGGAGUCUCCAGAGUGUUCAGCUUCUCCUCGGCGCCAACGCCGACCCCGCGCUCGCCAACGAGAACAACGAGCUCCCGGCCGACCUCGCCAAAAGCCAACGCAUCUUGAGGGUUCUGCAUCCUAAAGUCUUGAACGUGACGGCAGAUGACAAUCGCUGUUCCUGUCUUGGCGUCUGCCUGCACUAAACAUCUACACUCGAUAACAAUAUAUACUCGUACAUGUGUGAUGUCAUGGCUGUUUAAUUCUAUUAAAUAGCACAAAUAACACGCAGCCACAAAUAUGUAACUUCGCCACCGUUGUUUUUCUCAUAAGUUACAUAUUUUUCACACUGUUAAUUUGCCUUUUUAAUACAUGCAUUAAAGUGUCAAUUUUAUGAUAUGCAACCUGUGGCGCACAUUAUUGGAUGUAAAUAGUUACAUUAAUUGCAUAAAUGAAUUACAUCGGGGUUGUUAAUGAGCUUUAUCAGUAACGCUACGCUAGUGCCACAUGUGUACAGUUAAAUACGUUAUGUCAAAAACAAUCAUUGGUGUUAUAAAAGCAGAAUUUUAAAAAAUGAUACGCAGUACUGUACAUGUUUUGGUCAGUAUUUGGUCAUUAGUUUAUGAAAAUUUAUUUAUUCCUUUUUAUUGUUUUAUU